AUGAUACCAAUGCUUCAACAUACUCUGUCUUCAACAUCAACUACAUCAUCAGUCAAUGGUGUCACGUCAACCUCUAUACAAACCAACACCUUGGCAUCGUCACAGUCUUCACCAGUGACCAAUUGCAUAAGAGUGGUAUGUCGCUUUAGACCAAUCACAGAACCAGAGGUCAAGCGUAACGAGCACUCCAUCAUUCAGUUCCUAGACAAUCAGUCAUUCGUUAUAAAGCAACAGAGCAACAGUACACCACAACAAUAUACCUUUGAUAGGACAUUCAAUACUGAUGAGGAUCAAUCUGUUGUAUUCCAUGAUGUAGCCAUUCCCAUAGUUCAAGACUUUUUGGAUGGCUACAAUGGAACUAUAUUGGCGUAUGGACAGACAGCAUCAGGAAAGACCUAUACAAUAUAUGGUGAACCCUCUAAAGAUGAUACACAACAGGACAACAAUGGUAUUAUACCUCGUAUAAUCGAGGAGAUAUUCACAGGAAUUGCGAGGAUGAGACAGAAGAACAAUGAGUUGGCCUUUGUUCUAAAGAUGUCCUGUGUUGAACUGUACAUGGAGAAGAUCAACGAUCUCUAUAAUGUGUCGGGCACCAACCUACCGAUCAGAGAGCAUCCAGACAAAGGAAUCUACGUGGAAGGCGUAUGUGAGAAGGUGAUACAAUGUCCUGAUGACGCCUUCUCCUUUCUGAAUCUUGCCAACAACAAUAGAGCUGUUGCUGCCACCAAGAUGUCACAGGCAAGUUCAAGAAGUCAUUCCAUUCUGAUGAUUGAGCUGUCACAACAGAACUUAUUGGAUCUCAGCUCAAAGAAGUCGAAACUCUUCCUGGUUGAUCUGGCGGGAUCUGAGCGUGCAUCAAAGACUGGCGCUGAGGGUGAACGCAUGCAGGAGGCCAAGACCAUCAAUCUGUCAUUGACCAAUCUUGGCACUGUAAUCAACUCGCUCACCAACUCGAACAAGACACAUGUGCCUUACAGAAAUAGUAAGCUGACACGUGUUCUGCAAGAGUCAUUGGGUGGUAACUCAAAGACUACAUUGAUCAUUGCUUGCUCACCGAGCAAUGGCAAUGAGAGCGAGACUGUGUCCACUAUCCAAUUUGGAUUGCGCGCAAAGAACAUCACCAACAAGCCAAAGAUCAACAAGGAGGUCACUGUCAUCGAGUUGAAACAACUGUUGGAAAAAGCAAACAUACGUAUCAAAGAGUUGGAUGAGCUUGUUGAGCUUCUAAACUCACAACUUGAGUCUCAAAAGCAAGACAUUGAGACAUUGGAGAGGGAGAAGCAAGAUGCUCUUCUAAAUUCAAGCGUUAGUCAACAACAAGAUGGUCCAUCACUAACUUGCAACAAGAAGGUCAAGCGUGAGAUAUUGCCUCACGUGGCACCGACAGUAACUGCAGUCAGACGUUUGAAAAGAGUGUUCAAGCCCAACCCUCCACCUAUGAGCGUCAAUGACCUAGAAUCCCCACGACCUACCACGGACGACGAGGACCGGAGCUCAGAUAGGGCACCCAGAGAGGUGGAGAGCGAUGACGAUCACAGCAGCUUGAGCAGGAGCAGUAGCAACAGUAGCAAUCUACACAGGCAACUUGACGAGAAGGACGACCAGGCAAUGGAGUCACAGCUUGUACCUGACCACACAGUGACUGCACCCGAUCACAUUACACACGUACUCGACUCAAUGCGCAAUGAGGCAAAGGAAGAUACAACACCCAAAAAGAUACCACUGAAUACCACAGAGUCUGAUGAGCCAACACCUCCAAUAUCACCUCGAUCACUGCCCCUACACUCGCCUCCAUCAUUGUCAAACUCUAUCACCAACCUCAACUUAUUACCAAUGCUUUCCACCACAGAAACACAAUCACUGGUGCCAAUCAUGAAUGACUCUUCACUGGAUAACAUUGAUACACAACAACAACAGCAGCAGCAAUAUCAUCACGAUCAUCUGGUAGAAUCAUAUGACUAUCAAAGUGUCAACAGCAACUUUAUCCAAGAGAUUGAAGAACAGCCACAGGCUCCACCUCGCUCCCCCAUCUUCAAACGAACAAAGGCCACAGAGAUCAAAGCAGUUACACCUCCACCUCCAAUCGAUACUCGACCCUCUACUCCUCCAUCCUCCCCAGCGCCAAUACAUACACAAGACUCAACCAGACAAACCAAACCCCAACAACAACAACAACAGCAACAAACAACCCGUGGUGUAUCCAACAACAACAUCCUUAUUCUCAGCGCCUUCAAGAACAUCUAUCCAAGCUUGGGCUUGCCGCCCAGGACCAACAUUUGUUCAAUAUUGGCGAUCUUACAAACCUUCGCAAGGCGUACAAAGCAUCGCUACUUAAAUAGUAAGGACAAGCACAACACCUGA